CGCAGGGCAGGCUGGGAUUUGUAGUUCGCCUCCGAAAGGCUUGCCCGAUGCGGUGAUGCCGGAAGACAGAAAGCAAGAAUGGCCGCACUGCUCCCCAGGAGAGGUUCUGUCCCACGGGCAGGAGAGGACCGUGUCGCUCCUCUGCCAGACCGGUCGCGGCCCUCGGGCUGAGAGUGACCGGCACUGCUGCCCCCGGUACCGGCUCGGUGGGCCUUCCGCGGCCCGGAGGAACACGAUGGGCCGUGCCGGUUCCCGCCCGGAGGGGUAGCGCUGAGCACCGGGCACCGCCGGAGCGUUUAUGGGAGCACCGGAAGCCGCCACAGCCGGCGGGUCUGGCCCGGUCCCGGUGGGCAGAGCGGCCCCUCCUGCUCCGGACUGCACGGACAUUCUCCGCUCCCCUCGCCCUCCGGCAGCGCAGUUUGGCUGCCGGAGCCGCCUUUCUCUCCCGGCGCAGCAGCACCGGGAACUGCGGAGUCAAUUGCCCACGUUCCCCCGGGCAUUGAGAAAACAAAUAUGUUUCCUCUCAUACAACGAUGCUGCUUCAACACACCUUUCAAACUGCAGAAGCUCCGCAGUGCCGGCGUGCUGCUCCGCGGGAGGAGCAGGACUGGCUGCUCUUCCCUGGCCCCGCUCCAGCUCUGGGGACAUGCACAUCCUCUGUCAGCAUCUCUGAGCCUCGAGCCACCAGCAGCUCACACAGCCCAGCUCCGGGCUUUCCACGCCUCUCUGCCCGUCUCCCAGAGGAAAAGCCCCGCAGACUCUGAGGCACAGUCACAAGGAAGCCCGGGAUCUCUCAAGGACUGUCCCAAGCCAGCCCUGUACCUGAGCCUGGGGGGGCUGGUUCCCUUUGUGGCCGUGCCUCUGGCCAUGGCUCUGCAGGGCUCCUACAGCCCAGGGCUGGCCCUGGCUCAGGUGGCCUAUGGUGCUGCCACUGCCUCCUUCCUGGGGGGAAUGAGGUGGGGGUUUGCUCUCCCGGAGAACAGCCCGGCCAAGCCAGACUGGCUGAACCUGGCUAACGGCACAGUCCCUGCUCUGCUGGCCUGCCAGGCCUUGCUUCUCAAAGAUGCCACUCAGGGAGCCCUGAUGCUCACGGUGGCCUUGGGGAUAGCCCUGCAUUAUGACAUUUCCCUGCUUCCUACUUACCCCAGGUGGUUCAAGGUACUGAGGGCAUGGGGGACGGUGGUGAUGAUAGCAUCCCUCUUGGCCACUGUAGCACUGAAAGCUGUCUUAGAAGGGGAGCAAAGUGAUGACAGAAAAAUACAGCAGAACACAAAGUAAUAAAUCUGUAAGGAAAAGCUAUUAUCUGCUAAUAAGGUAUUUGUAUGGAGUUCCAGGAGAAAUAAAGACUGAUUUGUGCUUAGAAGUCUUAUGAUGGCAGGGAUCAAGAUGCUUAUUGUUGAAGCAAAAUGAUUUUCCAACUGAUUUUGAAGCUAGUUCAGGAGGGAAGUAUUGUAAAUAGCAAUUACUUCCAAGGCAAGCACGAGUCUGUCCUUAUCUGUAGAACAGAACCACUCCUGAAUGAGAUGUUGCUGCUCUAGGAAUUUAGAAUGGAGAUUCAAAAUGACAUGGGUAUGAAUUAGUCUGUGCUGAACUAUGAAAGCAUCUGGUUUGACUAAUGUGUGAUCAUGUUCUGAGGUGGGGAAAAAAACAGUAACAAAGUGAAAGCAGUUCUAGUUUGGUGUUUAAAUAAGUAACAGAAUUAUGCAGAAGCACAUACUACUCAGUUGCUGUGUUGUGGAGGAACAAGACUCCUGUUCACUCCUAUUUUCAGAGGAGGUGCUGAAAAUCACAGAAUGGUGUGGGUCAGAAGGAGCCUUAAAGAUUGUCUCGUUCCCAUCCCCUGCUGUACACAGGGACACCUUCCAGGAGAUCAGGUUGCUCAAAGCCCCACCCAGCCUGGACACUUCCAGGGGUGCUGUGUGAGGAAGUCUCAGUGUGAUGUCAGGUAAGAAAGGACAGGUGAGGUUUAUUUGCAAGCCAAGGUCAGCACUCCCCUGAAAUGUGUCAUUCAGCUGCUGUGCUGGAGUGGGGAAAAGCUGAAGAGGAAGCUUUGUAUGGCUGACAAGGUGCCACAGGAGAUGGAAGGUCAAAUUCCUGCUCAGGCUUACUGAAAUUAGAAAGACUAUUUGGGCCACCUGUUCCUAGGUUUUGUUUGGAUUUAGGGCUGCUUGGCAAAGGAAGCUGUGUGCAACACAGCCAUAAAGAUCUGCCAUACUCCUAAAUUAAAGGACUCUUAACUUAUGCUAUGACACAAGGGCUGAAGUGCUGGCACUAAGGGAUCAGAUAAUGGGACUGAAAGUAGCUUCUGUGUUCUCCCUCCUAAGAAUCCAUACAAUUGGACAGGCACCAAUGGGCUUGUAGGUGCCCUGCAAACCCUCCAUGAUGGGGCUGUUGUUGAACCACUGCAGAAGCAUGUGCUCUCUGUACUUGAUUCUUCCUAGCACAUCAGUUAGUGGAAGAUACAACCUAAGUCACAUGGAUUUUCUUUUUUUGUGUCAGCUACCUCAAGAAACUAUGAAAUGGGAUGUGGGCAUAUUUCUUGUAAGCUUUUUAUCAGAAGCAUUUAAGUACAGUGUAAGAUGCAGGAAGAAAGCUGAAAAUGACAUCCACAUGUGGUCUCAGGACCAGAUAAUCCUCAUAGUUCUGUUAUAGCACUAUUCUUCAUUGUUGUUCUACACCAAAGAAAGCACAUGUUGUCCCUUAAAAUUUGUUACCUGUUUGUUCAGCAAAGAACAGAUGUUUAAGGAACCUGCCUGUCCUGGAGAUGAAACCAUCUUGUAUGAUGUUGCUGAAACAGCAGCUCUGUACAUCAGCCUCUCUCUUUUGCAAUCUGUUAACAGUUUUAUGUUAAAAGCAAUUAAGGGUAUCAAUUUUAAGCAAUUAUGGGUACCAAUUGCUGUAUGCUGAACUAUGAAAGUACCCUAUUAAACAAUAUAUUUCGGAGCUUUCUGAACAUAAAGGAAAUAAAAUUGAAUUUGUGGAUGAAAA